AUGGUUCACCCAGUUUAUAGUUCAUAUCGUUAUGUUGGUUGUUAUACACAAGUGUUUUAUGAUAGUUAUUUUAUAAGUUCAUACAUGGAACCAAAAUUAUGUUUUAGUUUAUGUCAAACACCAAUUAUUUAUAUACAACACAGAAUAUGUCGAUGUUCAGGUAGUGGUCUUAUGGAUUAUAAUCGACAAAGAGAUAAAUUUUGCAACAUACAAUGUCCAAAGCCAGGUAAUCGUCAAGACAAAACUACUAAUACAUGUGGUGGUAUAAAAUCGUAUUCAGUUUACGUUGAAGAACAAUUUUAUACUCGACAUGCUCAUUUGUUGAACUAUCAAAUUCAAUUUGCAUCAUGUGAAUUAUGGAAUAGUUCUAAUUAUUAUGAUACAUUUCAAGUUCAAAUUGAUGGAUCAUCUGUUAGAUCUUCAUUGAAUAAAUUAGAACGAUGUGCAGCUGCAUGUCUUGAUCAAAAUGCAACGACAAAAUCCAUAGCUUUUAAUGAUGAUAUCAAUCAAUGUUCAUGUAUAAUGCCGAACAACUUAAAUGUUAAUUCUAAUGGUGCACUUAAUUUAAUAAUUUUAUCAAAUAAUAAUUGUGAUCGUUAUUGUAAUAACAUAGUGGGCGAUUCAAAAGUUGAACAUAAAUUUAAAUGUGGUUCAUCAUCAGAUCGACGUAUUUGGGCCGUAUAUAGUUUAAAUGAUGCAUGUCCGAUUGAUUCAAUUUAUAUAAAAGAAUUAAAACGAUGUAUAUCUAUAGAUAGACAAUUUAUAGAUUCAUGUUCACCACCAUCAAUGCAUUAUGUCUUUGAUGGAAAUAUAACAUGGAAUGUCUUUUUAAAAAUAAUUAACAAGUUAAACUUAACUAAAUCCAUAGUUUCAAUUGCUUUUAAUAAUGAUGUUACUAUUGAUCCUUCAUGGACAUGCUCAAAAACAACAACAAAUAUCGAUACAAUAAAUUCAAAUCUUUCUAAUGCAAGUUAUUCUACCAGAAAUUUUAAUACAAAUUAUGUAUUAGAUAACGGUUGCUUACGUAUAGUUUCAUUUUUAUCUUAUUUAUAUAGAUCAUCAUAUAGAUUAUGCAUAGAAAAUCCAAUCAAUAGAAAUUUAUUAUCAUAUACCACUAGAUUUUAUCCAAUUUAUACAUCUGAUAUUGAUUAUUUCAUGAUAACAUCUUGUCCAACGAAUUGGUUUGAUUUAAACAAACAUUGUUAUCGAAUAUCGGAUGAAGCUAAAACCAUUCAAGAAGCAAGAAAUAGUUGUAUUAAUAUAUCAAAGGUUGAUGAAAUAAAAACAGAUAAAGAGAUUAUAUUUAGCGAUGACGAUAAUAAUGAUAAUAAAAAUGAAAUGCGUAACAAUAUCAAGAAUUAUAUCAAUGAUUUGUAUAAAGGUGAAAUCGCUCAAUAUACAUCACAAUGGCAAGCACAUCUUGGCUUUUAUCUUCUUGAUACAAAUCUAUCAAAUACUGAAACAAUACUUCAGCAACUUAAUCCAUUUACUACAGAUGUAUCAUCAGCAAUAUCCAAUGGUAACAUUAAUCGUUCAUCUAUAAAUGAAUUUCAAAUGAUUAAUCUGAUGGAAACUAAUAAAACAAUUGUAAUAGAUGAUUCAUGUAUAGUUGUCACACGUUCACCAAUCGACGGAAAUAAAAGUCCUAUGUUAAAAAAUAUUCAUAUUAGUAACUGUUCGAAACCAAGACAUGUUCUAUGUAAAACGAAAUCUAUUUUUUUCCAAUCUGAACAACGUUGUUUAUCUAAACCAUUGACAUUUGGUUUACCAGCAAUAAUAUCAAAUCAAUUAACACAUGAAUUAUGUUUAUCCAUGUGUAAAACAUUACAAACGACAUUAGCUAUUCUUUAUAUAAAUAAAUGUUAUUGUUUCAAUAGUGAUCUUUCAUGGAUGUUGUUUACGAAACCUCAUUAUGAAAACUAUCAAAAGAAAGAUUGUGGAAAUCCAUGCCCAGGUAAUCAACAUGAACAUUGUGGUAAUGAAAAUACAAUUGUUGUCAUUGAAAAUCCUAGUUAUAUAUUCUCGUCCAAAGAUGAAGAUAUUGAUAAAAUAACUACAUUCACUUCUGAUUUCGCUUAUGAUACUUGUAUUCAUUUGAAUUCUGUGAAUCAAUCAACAACAUAUGAAUUCAAUUUAACUGAUGAAAAUGAUAUUCAUCCUCGUCAUUGUUUAGAAUUAUGUACAAAUUAUAAACAAAAAUAUGCUCUUCUCAAUUCAAACAAAUGUUUAUGUACAAAUAUUCUAACGAAAAAGAAACAAGAUGAUCCGUUUUCAUCUUCAAAUUUCAAUUGUACUCAAGAAUGUUCAGCUAAUUAUUUUUAUACAUGUGGAAAUCCAACCAAUUCAUCGAUAUAUUCAGUGUAC